AUGAGUGGAAGAGGUAAAACCGGUGGCAAAGCCAGGGCUAAGGCCAAGACUCGUUCGUCCAGGGCUGGACUCCAGUUCCCAGUCGGUCGCGUUCACAGACUGCUCCGCAAAGGAAACUUCGCUGAGCGUGUCGGCGCAGGUGCCCCGGUUUAUUUGGCCGCCGUGCUCGAGUACCUUACGGCUGAGAUCCUUGAGCUGGCUGGUAAUGCUGCUCGGGACAACAAGAAGACCCGUAUCAUUCCCCGUCACCUGCAGCUUGCAGUGCGUAACGAUGAGGAGCUGAACAAACUCCUGGGCGGUGUCACUAUCGCUCAGGGCGGAGUUCUGCCUAACAUCCAGGCUGUGCUGCUGCCCAAGAAGACCGAGAAGGCCGUCAAGGGCAAGUAA